AUGCCCAACGCGACCGAAAACUCCAUUGAAGCGUGCCAGGAACUUGUCGAGAGGGGCAUUCCGAGCGAGUUCCCAGACGCUGGUCAGACAUGUGUUGAUGGAACCCCGUCCAAACUCGUCGAGUACGGAUCUGUUUCGCUCUGGGGCCAGUACCAGGUCCCCGGCCGGCGAAAGUGGAUCAAUCUCAGGGGUGAGACUCUCUGGAGUGUAUUGAGAAGACUUGCUUCAGGCGGAAUAGGAGGUCAUGAAGAAUAUGAAGGUGUCGUGUAUAAGUUUAUGGCUUAUAAGGUGUCCGGCUCAACCACUCCCAUAUCAAAUCUUCGUUGA